ACAUAUAAAUAACCAGUUACCAAGCAAAUAUUUCACAAACUACUAUGUUAUAUGACCCCCCCGAAUAUUUAUACCCUGUAGUUUUUGACCCAUUUAGUAAAUCCCAAGAACCUUUUGUAAAUUGAGAUUUACCCAGCCAUUCGAUAAAUAUUUAUAUAACAAAAAACCCCCAUCCAAUGCGUUUUAAACCACCAAAAACUAUUUUCUUCGAUUUUUUUCCAGUGUAUCUCUGUGUCUCUGUGUGUGUAGCAAAAAUAAAAUAAAAACCCCCCUCCAAAAAACAAACCCAAAAGCCCCCAAAAAUAUAUAUAUAUAUAUAUAUGUAUAACCAAGAUUACAAAAUACAGACUAUAAAUCACCGCACUUUCUAGCUAGCCGGCUAGCUGGAAAACACUGAAAGAAAAAACGCUUGCAAUUCGAGUAAGAAACGUAAAUAAGAAACCAAGAAGAACAAGGAGGAAGAAGAAGAAGAAGAAGAAGGGCCGCGGAGGGAGCGGCCAGGAGUUGAUAAAAAGGAUACCGCUCAGUUUCGAGGAUCGGCGGGCGCUGCCAAAGAAACCAGAACAUGCGCCAUGUCAAAACUGCGGCAUUACCGGUCCAUGGAUCAGCCCUGCAGCAGCACCUGCGUGGUCAUACGCAAAAAGACUAUGACAGCCAUUUGCUUCGUGUGCAACCUGCCCAUCAUGUCGCACCAAGUGGGUUUGGUGUGGCAAGGAGGCAACGGCUGGGACGAUCUUGUGCGCGAACAGCUGGAAGAGUCCACCAUCCGGCAGCGUCUGGGUGGACGGCGAGACUCGGCUGCGCAGAUCACCACACCGCCGAGCACCUCGCCGCCACCGGGCUUGCAGCGGCGGCGGCGCAGCUCGCUGGCCCAGCUAACAGACAUUCUGCGCGAGUGGAGCGGCGGCACCAAGCAGCAGCAACAGCAUCAGCAACAACAGCAGCAUCAACUGCAGCAGGCUUCCCGCUCCAAGGCGCAGCUCAAUCGCCGCGAGACGUUGGCGGACUUGGCACGCAGUCUGCCGUGGCGCACAUCAACCACGACGGACGCCAGCACAGGGGCAGGUGGUUCGAGCGGUGGCGCCUGCACCACCUACAUGGCGCCACGCAAGCGGCGGGAGUCUUCUGCGGAUUCGGGCAUCCGGAGCAUGAGAUCGCGACGAGAUUCAAACACCGCGGAGUUUGUGAGGCAUUGGAAUCGCCGCGAAAGCGGAGCAGUUGAGGAGCAGCCCAUAGUCUCAGUGCCCGUCGUCGUUGAGUGUUCUAAAAGCGCAUCCCGGCGCGGAUCUGGUGAGAGCUACCUGUCUGGCAGUCGGCGCGAUAGCAACGUGGCUGGUCGGGUCACCACACCACCGCCGCCUGGCAAAUAUCAGAUGGCUAAGAAACGCGACUCCCUGGCCGCGCCAGAAUUCCCCAAUUUCCGCCAGGAGCAGCGCCCGUCCACCAGUUCCGCCGGCUCCUGUUCGGACCACUCCAUGCCCCUGAUAUCGACGCAUUCAAGCACUCACUACCUGGCUCACCAGCAGGUGGACUCCGCCUGUCAAGCUCUUCCACCGCCGACGAUCAUCACCAGCUCUGUAACGCCGCCGGCAACGAGUCCAACGGCGCCCAAGGGGCGUCGGGACUCGCAGACGCAGUGCGGUCGUGUGAAUCGACGAGAUUCAAAGGCAGGCGUCAGCCCAGAACGAGCGCCGCGCCUUCAACGGCUGCAGCGGCAGGCUACCGCCUUCGAUGAGGGCUGCCUGCCGGGCGGCAGUAGGCGUGGCUCACAACCCGCCCUCAGUCCAGAUCCACCCGAUGACUGUGAGCGGCGUACUUCCCGACGGGAUUCCCUGUCGCCGGAUAGCGCCUCACGUGGCGGUCGUCGGGAUUCGAGGACACAUCUCUCGCCGGAUCGAUCUCAUGAACGGGAUGGCAGUCCAAGGCGACACACGCUGCGUAGGCAGAGCAGUUCGGCGGCCAGAUCGCCCAGAUCACCGGACUCCAAUAGCUGCUGCUCCUCCAGGGAUCCCAGUCCCUGCUCGAGACCACAAACACAGACCACUGUGGAGCAAAACCAACGGCCUGCUAUAAGGAGGCAGUCCACUACAGAGGAGAUCCUUAUUGCCCGAGGAUUCCGACGGCAGUCGACCACCGAGGAGAUGAUCCGCUGCAGGAAUUUUCGAAGACAGAGCUCCCAGAGCGACGACGUCUGUCGCUAUCGUGGCAGACGUGACUCUUCGGCGCAGAUAAUUGAUGGAACCAUCGGCACCAUGACUGUGGAGACAACCAGUACUUUCUUCGACUCCAGCACCCAGACAGAACCAUCGCCGCUCUAUGACAACAACCACUAUCAUGAGGAGUGCCUGCGCUGCAAUUCCUGCGGCCUGAACUUGACGGGGCCCAACCAGAAGAGGGCCAGAAGGUUUAAGAACCAGAUACUGUGCGACCUGCAUUUCGCGGACGUGGCCCUAAUGGAGUGCUCCGAUUUCAUGCAGCAGCUGCGAAGCUUCAAGCCGCAAUCCUUGGGCUGCGCGGUGGCCAGGCGCAAGAGUUCCACGACGCUGAUAUUCCCGCUGCCACCGCAAGCUUGCUCAGAUGAGUUCUGCGAGGAGUAUCCGCACAAUCUGAUGCCGACACCUGGCUAUUGGAUCGAAUGUUCCCGUCAGAAGAUCACCAUGCCUACCCCGCAUACCAUUUGGGAUGAGAGCGACUCUGAGCACGAGGACAUACGGGCAGGCAGUGCCAGCGAUGCGUAUUUAGAGCGCGAGUGCAGCGAUCUCUAUGAGGACGAUGAGGACUCCGAGGCCACGCCAAGUCCGCGCAAGAAGACCACCAUCGAGGAGCAGUGGGACCAGCAGGGCGCCUUCGAACUGAUCUCCGUAGAGCAGGAGACGUACGAGAAGUACUUCUAUGGCACCGAGCACUGGAACUAUUUCACCAGUGACGAGGAUCUGGGUCCGGUUAUCCUGUCCAUCAAACAGGAGACACUCAACGGGAGGGAUCAGUUCCGUAUCCUGGUUCGAGCUGGAUCGUAUACAGUGCAUGGACUGAUACCGGCGUCCUGUGUGUUUGCCGAUAGAUAUAAUCGCGAGGAGGUAGUUAGAUCUUUAGGUAAAGAAGUUAAUUUAAAUCCACCUUUAACGUUAGGACAAUUACCCGAUACGCCAGAGGAAUUAUUAAAAUUAGAUCAGGUUUUUAUAAAAUCAGAGUUAAAAGUUGGCGUCAUAUUUGUCAAAGAGGAUCAAUAUACCGAAGAGCAAAUUCUGGACAAUAAUGAAAAUUCACCGCUCUUCGACGAGUUCCUCACGCUGCUGGGCGAUCGAGUUCGGUUGCGGGGAUUUGAUAAAUACAAAGGUGGCCUUGAUACGGUGCACGACCUGACAGGUCUCUUCUCCGUUUACACAAACUGGCGCAAUAUUGAGAUCAUGUUCCAUGUAUCCACAUUGCUGCCGUAUGAGAAGCAUGAUCCGCAGAAGCUCCAAAGGAAGCGGCACAUUGGCAACGAUAUCGUCUGUGUGGUCUUCUUGGAGGCGGAUAACACUCGCUUCAGUCCCGCCUGCAUAAAGAGCCAUUUCCUGCACACCUUUAUACUGGUACGCGUUUCGGCCAGGAUCAAGCACAAGCCCACCAGAUACGAGGUGUCCGUGGUGACACGCGACGAGGUGGGCGCCUACAAGCCAUAUUUGUGGGAGCAGUCCGUGUUCGAAAAGGGACCAAUGUUCCGAGAAUGGCUGCUGACGAAGAUCGUGAACGGUGAGAGGGCCUCGUAUUCGGCACCGAAAUUCGCCCGAAUGCAGGAGAGGACGCGUUCGCAGAUGCUGGAGGAUCUGGUGAUGAAUCUAUCGAAUCAUGCGGAAACUGGACAGAUACCGAAGCCAUAUAGACGCGGCAGUUGGCGACCGAUCGGUGAGGAUGAAUAUAUCAAAAUGUUGCAUGCCCGAGUCCUAGACAACAAUACACACCAUGAACAGCAGCAGCAGCAUCAGUUGCUGCUGCAGCAGCAUCAACACAUGCAGCAUAUGCAGCACCUGCAACAUUUGCCAAUGCACAAUAUUUGCGUCUAUUGCAAUAAUAAUGCCAAUGACUUGCUAACGACAGCAGCAACACACAACAACAGUAACAACAACAACAAUAACAACAACAAUAAUCAUAUUAACAACACAACAACAAGCACACACAGACACAACAAUAACAACUACAACAUGUACUCUGAGCAACAACAACAGCAACUACAUGAGGGCCAACAGCAACAACAAUUGCUGCCGCAACAGCUACUGCAACAGCAUCUGCAAUUGUCAACGUCGUCACUCACACACACGUCGUGUUGUGCCAUGUUGCACCUGUGUGCGAGGCAUAGUCAUAUGCGACCCUCGUCACCGCUGCUGGACUCUGUUCGAGAUCAAUUCGAGGAUUAUGAUCAGCUGGCGAAGGAUUUUACCCGCGUAUUUCUAAACGAAGAACCAUCGUGCCUGACCAAUGCCCAUCUCUUCGAUGUCGUUUUUCUGGUGGGUCAGUCCAAGCAGAAGGCUCGAUUUAUCGGAGUCCGAGCGAUCCUGGGAGUGCGAAGUCGUGUCUUUCAGGAAAUGUUGUAUGGCAUUCAGACAGGCUUCGGAUCACCUCAGAUUCCAGUGGCCGAGAUCUUUGCACGACCAGCUCCAUCAUUAGUAUCCCCGCAGAAUCAGAAACCGAAGAGCAACAACUACCUGACAGUUCCCGAUUCCGAUUCGAUACGACCGAAAAGUGUACCAUCAUCCCCCAUGGUCAAGAGGGCCUUCUCUCGACUGGGAACCAUUACGGCCGGAUGGGGUAGAUCGAUAAGGAACAAGAACACGAAUCAACUGAAUCCGGAUGACAAGAAGAAGUGGAUAUCGUCGACAGAUUGUUCGAACAGGGACAGCAAGGACAAGGACAAGGACAAGCCGGGCAACAAUCAGCUAGCCGUUCCACGCCUCUCCGUCUGCGCCGACGCCCAGAAGGUCGAUCGUGCCAAAUUGGCCCAAACAGAGUUCAACAUCAUCGAGUUCGAUCCGGAUACAUUCCGAGUCUUGCUCGACUACCUGCACACGGGCACAUGUCCACUGACCUGCGUAUCCAUACCAGGCUUACUAUGUGCCGCGGAACAUUACGACCUGCCGGAGCUGCUGCAGGCAUGCUUCCAUCACUGCAAGCAGUUCCUGCGCAUCGAGGUGGUCUGCCCGAUGCUCAUCUCGCUGGAGAACUACUACUGGCGCUACACAUCCGCCUCCGAGCUGGUCAACAUGAUCCUGUCGUUCGUGGAGAGCAAGGCGCACUCGCUGUUCAAGUGCCCAGAAUUCCUACAUCUAUCCGAAUCAAUGGUCCAGAUGAUCAUGUGCCGUGAACUGCAAACCCCAGAGAUUCGUAAAUUCGAGGCCAUGUUGGCGUGGGCCCAGCAUAAAGUGGGCAAACUGAAGAAUCAUCCGAAUAAGGACACACAAUUCGAGUUUGAGUGCAUUAUGGAGCGACUGACGCGUGAUCUGAACUUAUGCCGGAUCUCGCCCAGUGAACUGCUCACCGUUGUCCUGCCCUCCAAAUCGAUGAAGAACGAACGCAUCAUGGAGACGCUCAUGGUGCAGGUGAAUCUGGGGACCUAUCGGAUGCCUGAGUUGGAUGCGUAUCGUCAGCAGUUGCGCCAGCAGGAGUCCGCCGAGGCCACCGUCCAGGUCCACCGGGUAUCCCAUCAGAACCAUCAAAACCCGCCACCCAUCGAUGCCCGUGCAUAUGCCAUGGCCUCCCUGGCCGCCGCCCUUGAGAUGCAACAUCCGCUCCAAAAUCCGCAUACGCAUCCGCUAAAUAAUCCCCUCCAUCAUAAUCCACCACGCGAUGCCGCCGACGAGGAGGUUGAGCUCUAUGCCAGUUUCGAUAAUGCCCCGAGUACCAGUCGAGUGGCUGCCCAAAUGCAGGCUGCCAAGGAGGCGCGCCGAAAACGCUGGGCAGCCGAUGGGGCCAGCGGGAGUAGCGGGGACGGCGGAUGCGCCAGCGGUAGCAGCGGCAGCGGUCGGCGUUAUUAAUACAGCGGGUGUAUCCCUGUGUGACUGAUCAAGAAACUUAAACCUAAUAUUAAGAAAUUCGCCAGAAAAAUAACUAAAAAAAAAGCCUUUCCGUAAAUUGUUUUAAAUUCUUCUUUAUUUUGGACAAAUCUUUCCAAUUUCAAACAUUUUCUUUAAAAUUUAUAUAAAAAAUUAUACAAAAUUGAAUUGGCGAAUUUCUAGAAUUUAGGCUUAACUUUUUUUCUAUGAAUGUAGCGAGCGAGUCUGAAGAAUGUUUGGGUGAAUAUUUACUUUUUUACCUACAAUAUAAAAACCUAGAUAAGUUCAUUGGAUAGAGUUCAUCAUGCUUUUCAAAGAUAAUUUUGUUAAAAAUGUUUUUAACUUGAAAGAAAUGUAUUUUUUAUAUUUUUUUUUCCAUUUUUAAUUAAUUUUUUUUGUAUAAAACUCUUAUUCAGCUUCUUUACUAUACUUUUCCAUUUCUAACUAGCCUUGUAAAACCAAACCCUUAAUAUUUUAUGUUCUAAACAUGAAAUGGGUUUGAAUUUCCCAAAAGAGUUCCUUAGGUUUGAUGAACAUUUUUCCAAGUAAAUAAUUUUUAAGGUAAA